CGCCUCCUCUCUGAUUCUGUUGGUGGCAGUCUUGGGAGCGUCGGCGAGCGCUGCAACAUGGCGGGCGUGGAGCAAGGGUCCAUCGCCGUGGAGGAGAAGCACCUGAACGGAGAGCUACUUUUGGAUCCCGAGGAAAGAGAAAGCGCCGGUGGGGCUGCCGCCGAUGAAAACGCCAAGAAAAAACGCAAGAAGAAGAAGAAGAGCAAAGGAGGCGCCGUCGGGCAACAAGAGACUGAAAGAGAAUUAGAGGCAACACUUGAUGAGGUAGCAAAACAGCUAGAUAAACAAACACUGGAAGAAAAGGAAAAAGAUGAUGAUGAUGAAGAUGGUGAAGGAGAUGGUGACAGUGCAGCAGGAAAGAAAAAGAAGAAAAAGAAGAAAAAGAAAGGACCUAAGCUGCAGACAGAUCCACCAUCUGUUCCAAUAUGUGACUUGUUUCCCAGUGGGAUAUUUCCAAAAGGUGAAGAAUGCGAGUAUCCAGCAACACAAGAUGGGAGAACUGCUACUUGGAGGACCACAAGCGAUGAAAAGAGAGCACUAGAUCAAGCAAGUGAAGAGAUCUGGAAUGAUUUCAGAGAGGCUGCUGAAGCACACAGACAAGUGAGGAAAUACGUUAUGAGCUGGAUCAAGCCUGGAAUGACCAUGAUAGAAAUUUGUGAAAAACUAGAAGACUGUUCACGGAAGCUGAUACGAGAAAAUGGCUUAAAUGCUGGACUUGCAUUUCCCACGGGGUGUUCUCUGAAUAAUUGUGCAGCCCACUAUACCCCCAAUGCUGGAGAUCCAACUGUAUUGCAGUAUGAUGAUAUCUGCAAGAUAGAUUUUGGAACACACAUUAAUGGUCGUAUCAUUGACUGUGCUUUUACUGUCACAUUCAAUUCAAAAUAUGACAGGCUCUUACAAGCUGUAAAAGAUGCAACUAAUACUGGAAUAAAGUGUGCUGGGAUAGAUGUUCGCCUUUGCGAUGUUGGUGAGGCUAUCCAGGAAGUCAUGGAAUCUUAUGAAGUUGAAAUUGAUGGCAAAACCUAUCAAGUGAAACCUAUUCGGAAUUUGAAUGGACACUCUAUUGGGCCAUACAGGAUACACGCAGGCAAAACUGUUCCCAUUGUGAAAGGAGGAGAAGCAACAAGAAUGGAAGAGGGAGAAGUAUAUGCUAUAGAAACCUUUGGUAGCACCGGAAAGGGGGUUGUUCAUGAUGAUAUGGAAUGUUCUCAUUAUAUGAAGAACUUUGAUGUUGGACAUGUGCCAAUAAGGCUUCCAAGAGCAAAGCACUUGCUGAAUGUUAUCAAUGAAAAUUUUGGUACUCUUGCCUUUUGCCGCAGAUGGUUAGAUCGUCUGGGAGAAAGUAAAUAUCUAAUGGCUCUGAAGAACCUGUGUGACUUGGGUAUAGUAGACCCAUACCCUCCUCUAUGUGAUAUUAAAGGCUCAUAUACAGCACAGUUUGAGCACACCAUAUUAUUGCGUCCAAUGUGCAAAGAAGUUGUCAGCAGAGGAGAUGACUAUUGAAAUUUCAAAGCCAUUACCUCACCUAUGUACUCUGUUGGAACAUGUUAUGCCAGAAUAAAUUUGCAAUCUGUUUUAACAGUCAA